UGCAUGGCAGUAUAAGGCUAAUUGUGUUCAUGUGCAAAUGUUAAAUAAAAAAUGAGUCUUCUUUAUGGUAGUAAUCUUUUCGAUGCAUCAACCCAGGCUGACAUCACAGAUCGGGAACUCCAUCGUCAAGCAAGGACAAUCCUGGUUGAAAUGGGACACUUUUUCCAAGUACAAGAUGAUUAUCUAGACUGCUUUGGUGAUCCAUCAGUCACAGGCAAGGUUGGAACAGACAUAGCAGAGGGCAAGUGUACCUGGCUGUCUGUUGUAGCACUUCAAAGAGCAACACCAGCACAGCGGGCUUUAAUGGAGCAGCAUUAUGGCAAUCCAGAAGAAGAGAGUGUGAAUAAAAUUAGGGCACUUUACAAGGAACUGGGUUUACCUGCUACAUAUCGUGCAUACGAAGAUUCCACUUCUUCCAUGAUUCGAGUCCACAUUCAGCAGAUUUCACGUGGCCUCAAUCAUAACGUAUUUUUCAAGUUCUUAGAUAAAAUCCAUAAGCGCUCAAGCUAGAGGUGUCAAGUACACCUCAUAAAUCUCCUUUAGUAUAUAUUCUCAUA